AUGCAGCCCUUCAAUUCGCGCCUCCUCUCGCUCUUAUUUUUCGCCCUUCCAAAAGUCGCCAUUGGCACCAAUGAUGUCGAUGCCGGCUUCGAUGCCUACGCGGCAGCCCAGGUGAUGAUCAAUAAGGCCUCUCAUUCCUGGGAAUGGGGAACAGCGGCAGAAGCUCUGCUAGAAUUGUAUAACCCUGAGCUAUCUGUCUUUGGAUCGAGCCCUUUCCCUAAUGGCAAAGUUCCUCAACCCAACCCCAACACGACCGCCCUUGCAUAUGCGAAGCAGUUCAUAAACCGCAAUUCACAGACACUUGUCAAUGACACUGCGGUUGGCGAUCCAGCAUCUCUGGGUGUCUCGGCGAUUCUACUUGGCCAGUCAGACAGCGUCUACAUCGGCGCGGCCAACCGUGAGGCUGAUUUUAUUCUCAACAUUGCGCCACGAUGGAGCAACGGUGCAAUUUCUCACCGAGCGGAUGUGGCCGAGCUGUGGGCUGACAACAUGGCCAUGUCUUUUCCAUUUUUGGCUUAUCUUGCCGUUGAGCAGGAUGACACUUCGUUGAUGUCUGUUACGGUCCAGCAGUGCGGCCUGCAACGCGCGGUUCUGAAAGGCAACAAUCUCAGCUGGCAACACAUCAUCGGUCCUCAAUCUCAAGACACGGGCCUUUGGUCAACAAGCAACGGCUGGGCCGGCUAUGGCAUGGUACGAGUGCUACAUACACUCCAAAAGUGGAGUGGUUCGGCCUCGAUGAUUUCACAAGCUACACAGCUCAAAGGGUGGAUCAAAGAGAUCCUCGACGGCGCUAUGCAGUCGAGUCUAGAUGACGGCUUAUUACGCAAUUACCUUAACGACUCUAGUUGGUUUGGUGAAAUUUCCGGAACUUCGGUUCUAAGUGCUGUGGCAUACCGAAUGGCCGUUAACGACCCUGAUAUGUUUCCGCAAUCUUACAUUACCUGGGCCGACACUAAUAGAAAGAGCCUGGCGAAGAAGCAGAACAGCGAGGGCAUUUUUUCGCCAGCUAUUAACCCAUAUGACUGGCAUGAUAGAACUCAGUUUACUACUGGAUCUCCUGAGGGUCAGGCGUUCACCGUCUAUCUAUACACAGCCUAUAGGGACUGCGUCAACGCCAAAAUCUGUCAAACACCAACCGGAUCUGCCGCAAGUUGA